ACCCCGCAGUCGGUGUGGGUGCUGCCGAGAAUCGAAACCCGGACGUCUAUCCCGAAACUGGAGCCAUGGAAUUCCGGGCACACGCGGCAUGGCUACUGGCCCUGCUGGCUGCAGCUCUGGUUCCUGCAAACGGAUCGGAUGAUGAGCCGCACUCCAGACAGAAGCGAAUACUGUGGAUCACGAAUGAUGGUCGCUUGGCCCUGCCACCAGGCACCGCCCUCGUCAUCACACCGUCCCUGUCACUACCUUUCGUUCGCUACCCACCUGAUGGCUUCUUGUCAAACAUGUCCAUCAGCUUGCCAUUUACAAUCGACUUCGACAAGCUGGGUUUGACAGACAAUGAGAAUCCGUACGGCGUGCUGCCACCAGUUCUGGCGCGCAGUAUGGGCAGGAUGUCAGGAAUGCUGCUGGCCGACUACAUCGGUCAGGUCCUGGAGCGCAGGAGACACUCCAGAGAGACACCUCCACCCCGACAGCCACCACACGCAAAUUUCCACGGAGGGGAGAGGGCACUUCUGUACAUUGUGGUGGAAGAUCUGCUUGCCAAUUUCGGUAUGGAUGGCAAGGCUUGUCUCCUGAGAGCCAUUUGUGAAGUGCAUGGCCAAUCCUUGCAUCACUUUGGUCUACUUGGAGAGAUUGUAAAACUCUUUUUCACGGCAAGCAAAUCUCCUUUUGCUGACAUGCUAGAGGAGUAUGUUAGUGCAGAGCGAGCAGGACAGGAAAACGGCCAUGGCGAGUGCUGGCGCUACUACAAAGCUUGUCCCAAAUCACUCUUCUUGUCCUCACAAGAGAAUAAAUACUCGAAAGAAGCUGCUGAUCAUGAGGAAGAAGAUGAAUUCUUACAAAAAGUUGAACAAGGAAAAUCAAGGACAUCAAAAGUAACGAUAGACUCAUCUGACAUAACUGCCAAAGCAAUGUAAAAGUGCUCAAUUUCAUGUGUCUGUGUACGUGUGCAUUAUGUGACAAUGCUGAAAUUUGGGUUAUGGCUGACAGGUAAAUGCAAACACAAAUUGUGGCCUGCACAAAGGGAUGGGAUAGUGACAUCAAGGGGAGUCUUCUCUGAAGCAGUGAUGAGGAACAUCUGUAUGUGAGAUCGGAGACAAAGAAGACAUCUGUAGUAUAAUUUUUAUUUCACAGAUACUGCGCUGCUCUGUAACAUGUCAUUUUUAGUACAGAAUCCUAUUUGUGAGGAUACGGGUUUCCAACAUUAGAGUUUGUUCGGCCCAGAUAUUCUGGUUUGCAAACUUGUUUGUACAGGACCUUGCCACAUGUUCAUAGCAACAUUAUAUCUCACACUUCAAUGUAGCAAUUGGUUAAUAGGAAGAAACUGAUCUGAACUGGAUACACAGAGGAAUGUCACCAACAAAAUUGGACCACACAAUAUAUCAUUAAAACUGGAACAUACACAGCAA